AAUCAAAGCUACAAAAAUGGCGUCGGGAGCACUGUUCGGAAAUGCAAGCGGUCGAAGUCAAAGUAAGAAUUUGGUGGAAUUUAGGGCCGGAAAGAUGACCCUGAAGGAUAAAAUGGUGACCCCGGACAAGAGGAAGGGUUUAGUGUAUGUCCACCAGUCGGACGAUUCGUUGAUGCACUUUUGUUGGAAAGAUAGAACGACCGGUACAGUCGAAGAUGAUUUGAUCAUUUUCCCUGAAGACAUCGAGUUCAAACAUUUACCUCAAUGUACAACAGGACGAGCCUAUCUUCUCAAGUUCAAGAACUCAGCAAGGAAGUACUUCUUCUGGCUUCAGGAGCCCAAAUCUGACAAAGAUGAAGAAAAUUGUCGUAAAGUUAACGAUUUCUUGAAUCAUCCUCCAACUCCAGGAUCCAACAGAGGAACUGGCAGCAGUGGAAUACCUUCAGACCUGUCUGGACUAGGUGACACUGAGCUACAGAAUGUAUUGAGUGGCAUGAGUCAACAGCAGCUGAUGCAGCUUCUGGGCGGAGGAUUGGGUAUGGGAGGAGGUGGAGCAGGUGGACUCUCAUCUCUGUUAGGACGACCCAGUAGUGCCCAAUCUACUGCUUCUGAACCUGCUGGUAGAACAUCCAGUUCUAGAACGACAACUACAGGUGAUACAACACCAACAACAUCCAGACCAGCGACAGCAACAGCAGCUACGACUCAAUCUUCAACAGCUACAACUGACAGUGCUAGACAGCAGAUACAGCUGAGUGAUCUGCAGAAUAUUCUUUCCACCAUUAAUGUGCCACCCACAGAAGAGAAAGAACGAUUGGACCUAACCCAGGCUUUGAAUCCAGAAUCCAUGGUUCCAAUAUUGGCAAAUCCUGAGAUUCAGGCUCAGUUGGUGCCACAUUUACCUGAAGGUGAAAGCCUGCCCAAGACUGAAGCUGAACUACGCAAUACCAUCUCCUCUCCCCAAUUCCAACAAGCUUUGAGCUCAUUCAGUGCUGCUCUACAAUCUGGAGAACUUGGAUCCUUGAUGAAUCAGUUUGGACUUGGAGAUGAUGUUGCUAAUGCUGCAGCUCAAGGAGAUAUGGAGGCGUUUGUAAAAGCAAUGCAAGAAAGGAUGAAGAAAGAUGAAAAUAAGGAAGGAGAAGAGAAAAUGGAACAUUAAAAACAAACGUUUGAAGACACAACAAAAACCAAUGAUUGUGGAUGAAAACUUUUCUCCCUUGAGGAUCUAGGAUCUCCUUUGAGGAUCUAGGAUCUUCUUUGAGGAUCUCGGAUCUCCUUUGAGGAUCUUAGACCGAUGUUCACUUUCGGUAAAUAAAGAUUUAUAGCUGAAA